AUCCGUUCAGCGGUGUUGUAGCUUUACAGCAUUAACAGCUUCCUUUAACCGAGGAGAAGCAGUUUUCAAUUUUGUUGACUGUCGAAUGUUUUAGUUUCACUGUUUUUAACAUUCCUUUGCUGCGGUGGUUGUGUUGUAUCUGUUGUUCGAAGAAUGGCGGAUUCUAGCGCCAGGUAUCAGCAGCUGCCCAACGAGGAGGAGGACACGCAUGAGACUCCUCAGCUCGCCGCUGAUGCUCCCCCUCCAUACAGCAGCAUUGCACUGGACAGUCCUGCCUACUUUGACCACAAGGAAGAUGGGGUUUUCCCUAAGCCUCCAUCCUACAACGUAGCAACGACGCUACCUUCCUAUGACGAAGCAGAAAGAACUAAAGCCGAGACAUCCUCUCCUCUGGUCGCAGCAAGACAGCCUCAUCACAGAGAACGCCUGGAGACUUUUGACGAUAUUAUUCCUGGUUCACUGGAGGACGAGGAGUUUGUCGCCAGAGAUGAUUUUGAUGACGCCGAUCAACUCCGAAUAGGAAAUGACGGCAUCUUUAUGCUCACAUUCUUCAUGGCUUUCCUGUUCAACUGGAUCGGCUUCUUCUUGUCUUUCUGCUUGACCACUUCGGCUGCCGGACGCUACGGUGCAAUCUCCGGCUUCGGACUCUCCCUCAUCAAAUGGAUUCUCAUCGUCAGGUUCUCCGCAUACUUCCCGGGUUACUUUGAUGGACAGUACUGGCUGUGGUGGGUGUUUCUGGUAAUGGGUCUCUUGCUCUUCCUCCGUGGAUUCAUCAAUUACGUAAGAAUCCGCAAGAUGGCAGACACUUUCUCCACUCUUCCCCGCACCCGAGUCCUGUUCAUCUACUGAGCCUCAAAACCAAACUCUUUAUAUUUCAACAUUCUUUUUACUCGGAGUCAAAAAGUGCAUUUUCUUUUUCUCAUCCAAAGUUUGAUCUAUUGGACAUUAAUCUCCCCUUUUUAGUGUAAAACAAUGAAAAGAGAAAUCUCUACAGCACUGAAAUUGUAAGUGGUGAACUGCAAGAUGCUUUCUCUAGUUGUGAUGUUUUUAAAUGAGAAAGGCAUUCAUUUAAAAAUGUCACAACUAGGAAAGCAUUUCACAGUUCACCGCUGCCCCCUGGUGGAUAAAAGGGAGAGCAGUACGCAAAAAUAGUAAGGUAUUAUUUUUGUCUACUGUUCUCCCUUUUAUCCACCAGGUGGCAGCAUUGUACACUUUAUUUUUCUAAAAUCAAUUUCUCACCAUUGCAGAAGAGGUCGAUUCUCAGCCCAGGGUUCUGUGGGUAAUUCUGGGGGUCUGGAUUAAUUUAGGCAAAAUUAUGCAUUUCAGUAUCAUGUGCUCAUAAAUUCUCUGACCAAUGCAGUUUUUUGCUUAUUAGAUAUAAACAAUAUAGUUGAUGUAAAGGGAAUGUUUUAUUGAAGAUUUUGUUUUUCAGAAUCAACCUUAACAGCCAACUUGGACUUCAGUUUUCAGUCAGUCACAUCAUAAUCAACCGCACAGAUAACAGUCACACUAUGUAGCCCCGCCCCAUUAAAAAACCCAAUCAAACAAGAAACAUAAAAAAA